AUGCUACUCACAGACUACUAUCUUUUCCCGGUCAGAGCAGCAGAAAAACCACCGCAGAGCAAAAGAGACAGAUACGCCCCCCCAGACAUGGAAACAAGAAUCAUUGGUGCCGAGCGCCACCACAUUCUUGCCAUCGCCGAUGUCACGGGCACUCAUAUCAAGUUUCCUCAAGAUGAUCCUCAAGACUUCAACCAUGAGACGGGGGCUCUCUCCAACAGGGUCAGAAUUUGGGGAGCACAUAGCGACGUUGAGAAGGCGAAGGUUUAUCUCAUGUAUUUGAACAAGCAUGCAGACAAAGAUGUCCAAUCAGCCACGAAAAAGGCCUUGGGUUGGGCUAAGGUCAAAGCUCUCCCAGGUCAACGUCAUCGCGACGCUGCCACAAAGCAGGAGAAGGAGCAACAAGAAAAAAAUCGAUACAAACUCCCUUCCAAGGAUGACGAGAAUUUUCCUUUCACCGGUGCAUUCGCCUGGCCACAGACGGAAGUCAACCCUGCGGAUGUCUUGGGGAUGAACUACGAAUCGUUGGAUCCUGUCCGACAUGACAACGGGGUUUAUAUUGUCUACUCAUAUAAGAGACAUUGUUUCCGCGUCCUUGGGUAUAGCCAAGAAUCAAUCGACAGGGCUUUGGACCGCAUCUACGUCGUCUUUUGUGAAAUUGCUGCCCGGAACCGCCCCCAAAUCAACUACACCUUGAUCCAACCACCUCGGGUUUAUUGCCCUCAGGUUUCCAUGGACCCGGAACAUGGCCUUGGUCGCAUUAUUGAUGCAUACAAGCCUUCAUACGAUUCAGCUGGAGUUGAGGCACGUCUCGCAGAUGAUGGGACUUUGGAUCAUGCGCCGAACUGGGAAGCCAAAAGGCAGACACUUUCUCUAGCCAAUGAUUCCUACAUCAGAGCCGCCUUGGAUAACUGCUUAAAGGAUUUGAACUACUUACGAAUGUAUGCGAAACUUCGCAUCUAUUUCGGAAGCUUGAUUCUUUUCGGGUACAGACGUCCUAAGUAUACAUUGCAUGCUGCAGAGGAAUUCAGGGAGAUGAUGAAGGCGAAAUUGGCAAAGAACGAGCUUGUCAGACAUAUCGGAAGCGCUGAAGCCGGCCAUAGAUUGCGAGACUAUUGUGAUUCUUUUUGCUACCCAUUGUCCAACUCUGCAUCGAGUACUGCUGUUCUCAGUCCUGCGAAUUCAAGGGAUGCAGAGGGAGUUAUGGAGCCUGAUUAUUCGACAUCAAUGUACCUGCUUGUUAAUCGCAGGCCGGAUCCAGUUUUCGAGCUAAAAUUAGAAGUCGAUUUUCGCAAAUCUCCAACAGGCGCAUACACGGUUGCUGCUCGUCGAUGGCUUCGCAUUCCCAGAACUGAAACUAAUGGUUCAAAUUCUGUUACCAAGAAGCGGAUGCCAUUGGACCUAAAGGUUGUCAACCUUGAUAUGGGGGUCGCUUAUCAGUUCGAUCUCACCUUGGGGCAACCAUUCAUUGAUUUUGACAAGAUGCCUAUUUUGAACGAGUUCGUUCUUCAUCUAGAGCUUGUUAACUCUAGAGAUGGAGGGAAUAAACGUGUUUCAUACAUACAACUUCCAGGUAUCAAGGUCACUAAUAUCAUCACCAAGACGAGAUAUCCAUAUUAUUUCGUCGGAUCACAUUAUAUAUUUGAAAUAACUCAAUAUGAGCACAUCAGAGCAAACGAGGAAGGUAAUCGCAACCCGGCCGCCAACUUGCCCUCUGGUGGCUUCCCGGCGGACUACUCUCACCAUUCAACCACCGAUACCCUUUGGGGCGCGAGUGUUUAUAACAAGGAAUGGGAUGCGGCUUUCGCAAAACAGGUCGACUUGCCAAUCGGGUAUGCUGGGGAUUGGCAACCUAGCGUUGAGUCAUUCUUGGGUGAUACUGGAAAGAAGAUCUUCGAUCAUGGGAUGGAGGGCAAAGGAGGUGAUUCGGAUGAAACGAAAACUGUAGAUGGGUUCUCAGAGUUACUGCAAAAGAUUGAAUUUGGUGUUAAGGCUUUCUACGAGGUCAAGAAGAUGGUGUUUGGAGACCAGACAAGAAAGUUUAUCAAGUUUGAUGCUCGAGGUGAGAGAGCGACCCCACCACCAAUUCAACGACCAACUCAGCACCCGCAACCAGAGAUGGUAGUCCAUGGGAUUGACAGGCAACAAUCUGGGUUUGAGAGCCAGCCUCUUACUGGCCUAUCUGAAAGCGCGGGCGAUAAAGAGUACGAAUUCGAUGAGCCAGCUGAGGAUAUAUACAAAGGCAUGACAGCAGGACAACGUUUGGCAAUGAAGUUGGGCCGUACCAAACCAAAUCCUGUAACCGCCGCCAAAUCCGCAGCUUACUCUAUCUACGGGGACUCAGAGUACUCUCAAGCGGUUAAAGAAAGGGAAGGGCUGUUCAAUGGUUCGGACUUAAUCUAUGAAGAGGAGGAUGAUGAUUCACUGUAUACGCCACCGCCGAGCAGAAGUCUAGGAGGUCGAUCUCGAGGGAUAUUGAGUUCGGAAUAUGGGGAUUCAGAGUUUUCUGCCGAAGCCAAAGAGAGGGAAGGAUUGCAUUGA